GCAGAAUCAUAACUUAUCCAAUCAUCACCAAAUCAAAAUGCGAUUCUUUGUCAUCUUCUUCGUUGCGUGUGUCAGUGUGGCUCUAGCCAGGCCUGAAGAUCAAUACACCAUCAAAUACGACAACGUCAACUUGAAGGAAAUCCUCCAAAGUGACCGUCUCACCGAAAACUACGUCAACUGCCUCCUGGAGAAAAAACCCUGCACUCCUGACGGCGAGGAAUUAAAACGUGUCCUCCCCGAUGCUUUGAAAACCAGCUGCGCUAAAUGCACCGACAAGCAGAAACAAGGAGCCAAAACUGUGAUCCAGCACUUGUACAAGAACAAGCAAGAUUGGUGGAAGCAACUUGAAGCCAAAUACGAUCCAGAGCACACCUACGUCAAGGCACAUGAAGAUGAGUUGAAGGCCUUGUAGAUGUGUUGUUGUAAAUAAGUACUUUUUAAUUAAAUAAAAAAUUGUUGAAAAAAUUGA